AGUCAUGUGACUGAUGUUUUUGUUCCCCUCUCUUCCGCCUCCACUGUUUCUCGCCGUGUCAUGUGGAUGUCCACCACCCCGCACUGACACUGGGGGGGCUUUGGGGUUGAAAUCGGCUCAGCGACUCCUCCAGGAAAUCUCUACCGGGGAUCCGAGGCGCUCUCCCCCCGCGUAAAGACUCUUCUCCACGGCCUUCUGGAACGGUGGGCCCCGGGGAGAGGCGAUGGCGGACGGGGAACGGUCGCCGCUGCUGUCCGAGCAACACGACGGGUCGAACGGCUUCUCUCCUCCCGGGGGCAGACCCUCCAAACCGCAGAGUUUGGUGCCGUUCCCCAGCUCGGUGGUCCAAGGUGAGCCUCCGCCCCCCUACUCGCCGCAGGGCAGCCCGGACAGCAGCAGCGCUCCGGUCAUCAGCUGCCGGGUCUGCCAGAGCUCCAUAUCCGUGGAGGGCAAAACGCACCAGCAUGUGGUGAAGUGCAACAUCUGCAACGAAGCUACGCCAAUAAAGAACGCUCCUGUCGGAAAGAAGUAUGUCCGCUGUCCGUGCAACUGUCUGCUGAUUUGCAAAGUCACAUCGCAGAGGAUCGCCUGUCCAAGACCGUACUGUAAACGCGUCAUCAACCUGGGCCCAGUUCACAUUGGCAGGGACAGUCCUGAACCACAGCAUCAGCCCGUUGGCAUCCGGAUCAUCUGCGGACACUGCUCCAAUACAUUCCUGUGGACGGAGUUUUCAGACAGGACCUUGGCCCGAUGUCCACACUGCAGAAAAGUCUCUUCUAUCGGUCGGCGAUACCCCAGGAGGAGGAGCUUGCUGUGCUUCCUGCUGUUCGUCAUCCUCGCCGCCUCCACUGCCGGACUCGUGGUCGGUACGUGGAAACCCGCCCAGAACUCUAAAGGGAUCUACGUUUCGUGGGUGCUGCUGAUCCUGCUCGCUCUGUUCACCAUGGCGAGAACCAUCUACUGGAGGUGUCUGAAAAUCAGCGACCCCAUAUCCAACAUCACGUAGACACAGGGAAGGAGAGAGAAAGGGGAGGGGGAGGAAAGGGAGGGAGGAAGGAAGGAAGGAAGGUGAGAGGGCUGGAGGAUGAGGAUGAACGAGGAAAAAAGUUGCAAAAUCAAUGAGUCCCUGUUAGAAAAUUUCACAGAGAAAGUGAACAAAAGCUGCCGAUGAGUAAAGACAGAAAGAGAUGUGUAGGUGUAUUUGAGAUAUUAAAGAUAAAACUUCACAGUCAUGUUAAAUUAGAUUUAUCAUAAAUAUGAGCUGCCAGUUGUCAAAGACAUGGAGUUUGUUCUCCAAUGUCUUCUAUUCACCAUCACGCAUCGGGGUUAGUUUUUUUACACGUUUUGCGAGGAGAUGAGCUAAAACUAAAAGUGUGUUUGAGAUAAAGACCGGCUGAACAAAAGAGAGCAAGAAAAACUUCAAACAUUAGUUUCUGUCCCCGUAGUUUUCUUCUGAGUUGGACUAACAUGUUGUUUCGAAGCCUGAUGGUGCUAUUUUUCAAUUAGAGCUGCCAGCAGCUGUUAUGUUCAUAACAACAUUUUUAAACGGGUACAUUUAACAUUUUUGUGCCCCAGAAUUAUAAGGAUUCAUUGUUUCCUCCAGAGAAAUUAAAAAAAAGUAACAAGAUUCAGGUAAACUGGUUAUUCAGAGGAGCCUUGAUUUGUUUUGAGGGAUGAACGCAGUGCAGGAGGUGUUUAAGUUGGCGUUUAAGUAAUAUACUCAUACCAAAUGGGAGCAAAACAAUAAUUAAUCCUAAUCAAACUGUUGGAGGGACAAUACAAGCUUAUUUUUGUUUUAUUUAAUGAAAUUCAGUUCAACAUUUCACACUUUUUCUCUCUGUAAAUCCAGACUGAAGAGGGUUUGUUCCAAACUCAAGUGAAUCCCACGUUACUGCUUUCAAAAUGAGAAUUAAAAAAUAAAAUAAAUGACACUCCCCCUGUUUGACGUUUUGGGGAAACAUUCGCUUUCUUGAUGAGUUAGUUGAGAAGAUUGAUACCUCUCUUACGUCUGUAAUAGUACAUUUGCAGUCACAGCUAUUAGCCAAUUAGUUUAGCUUAGCAUAAAUAGUGGAAACAGCUCAGUAA